UUUUACUGAACCAUGUCGCUGAGCCCAAAGCACACGACACCUUUCUCAGUGACAGAUAUUUUGAGCCCAAUUGAGGAGACUUACAAGAAGUUUAGUGGCAUGGAGAGCACUGGAAACCUCACAUCUCCAUUGGGAGCGUACCGGCAACAUCAGGUGUCCCAGACUGGCAUGCAGCAACACUCUAUGAGCCACAACGCCACUGUGGCGACCACCUACCAUAUGCCACACUCCGUCUCCCAGUUCUCGCACAAUGCAAUGGGGGGCUACUGCAAUGGCAGCAUUGCCAACAUGGGGGACCUACCCUCUUACCAAGAAACUAUGAGAAACAGCGCAGCAGCAACAGGGUGGUACGGCGCCAAUCCUGACCCUAGAUACUCAACAAUUUCUAGAUUCAUGGGACCUUCCACAGGUAUGAACAUGACAGGAAUGGGCACGCUGACAGGCAUGGCCGACACCACCAAAUCCAUCCCACCUCUCCACGCAGCGCCAAGGAGGAAACGACGGGUGCUCUUCUCUCAAGCACAGGUCUACGAGCUGGAAAGGAGAUUUAAGCAACAGAAAUACCUCUCAGCGCCCGAGAGGGAACACCUGGCUAGCAUGAUACAUCUAACCCCGACGCAGGUCAAGAUCUGGUUUCAGAAUCAUCGCUACAAGAUGAAACGGCAGGCCAAGGACAAAGUAGCGCAGCAGCUUCAACAGGAGGGCAACCUGUGUCAACAGCAGCAGUCGCCGAGGAGAGUGGCUGUCCCUGUCUUAGUGAAGGAUGGCAAGCCUUGUCAAAACGGCUCCAACACACCGACGCCAAACCAACAGCAGAUGCAGCAGCAGCAGCAGAACGGUUCUGGGAUCGUGCUUCCUACCUCCAGUAACUCUAUGAACCAACACCAAACCCAGCAGGUCAACGCACUGGUCCAGGCCCAAGACCUGGAGGAAAUGUCCCCCAGUCCCCCCUCACUCCACUCGCAGAUGAACAACAUGGGCCAGAUAGACACUACUGUAGAUUACACAAAUAACAUGGUCACGUCAAAUCUGCUUUAUGGCAGAACGUGGUAAGACCGGGCACCUUUUCUUUCCUCCGUUUUCCCACAAACUUUAGCGUCAUCUGAACUAAGAA